AUGUGUAUCAGAGUUGAUCGCUGGUUCUACUGCCAGGUGCAGGGACAAGGUCCUCCGGUCCCCCCAGAACGGGAACUUACCAAUGCCCAAGCAUAUUUCUGGACGCAUUGGCAGCAUGGAGAGACGGUGGGCCUUAACGAGCAAAAUCAUAUGGAUCUUCCUCCCCUUCAAGGCUACCACUACGCCCGCCACAAGGAGGAACGCUGGAUCCGAUGCGCCAUGACCAAUGUCACAGCUUGUAUGCAGUACCCUCUGGAGAUUCGUACCGAUCUGUACGAUAUCCCCUGCCCGGAAUGCUCCCAAGAUGACCCUUGCUUCUUGUCUGCUCCGCCCGUUCUCGCUCUCAAGAACAAAAGUCCCAACAUGACGCCAGACAUCCUCGCCCAGAUUGUUGAUGCAUAUGCAUACGAGAUCAUUAUCCUAAUUACUUCUUACUUCCGAAUGCAGAUCAAUAACAUGGAACUCGAUGAGCCAUCUUGGGAGGUGCAUCAGCGCGGUCUUUACUGCACGCUAGAUAGGGACCACAUUAUAAAAGACACCCCCAUCGCGGUAGAGGGCCCUGUGGCAUACCCGUGUUUUCCGGAUUGUCAUUGUACAGCUCGUCCUUGGGCUCAAAACUCCUCGCGGGCAGCCCGCAACCAGGCUGCCACCCAGGUGAGAGUCAGGGGCAUGCAACAGUGGUUCGGCUGGGCAAAGGACGAAGAAAGCCCUCCCCUGUGGGUUAGGCAUCAUUUCGUCAAUAUGCCAAACCAGCUCUGGUUGAACGAGCACGAGAAUGGCAUCCGGAGAUACGCACGUCUAAUGUCCAAGGUCAGCACAGCCGCGCGCCAGCUCAUUCGGCUUGGCCCAAGCAUCCAGGCCGGAAGUAGUAUGGAGUUUGGGCAAUCCACAGCGAUGAAACUCAUAGCUUACCCCUGUCUCGAUCCCGGCGUCACCAACGAGUUCCUCGACCUCCUCAUGCGUGACCACUUCCUCAGCGCUCUAUGCCCUUUCCUCGACACUACUAGGGAUGAGGUGGGCUGGAGACGCGCUUUGGACUGCCAUCAACCAGCCUCGCCGGUAAUGGAGGCUCUUCUGGAGCAAAGCGAACUUGCGUUUAACCACCCCAGGGGGAACCAGCUGAACUCUCAAGCCACGAGCCGACACACUGAGCUUGCAAAUGCCCUCGAACGCAACCGUGCAAUUUGCGUCAACAAUGCCCUCAUCAAGAAGCAGGUUGCUGAAGGUUUUGCUCAAAGUUGGGUGGUCAACUCCUCGUACGCUGCAAGCAACACCACGACCUGCCAUAUCUGCACCGAAGACUUUGACAGCGUCAACGCCGACGAUGACAUUCCUCCACACCUUCGACCUAUAGAAACGCGCUGCUGUCACCAGUUCAUGCACUUCCGCUGCCUCAAGGGCUCUACCCUACGCAGGGAGCAAUGCCCCUUGUGCAACGCGGGGCUAAAGGAAAUGGGCUUUGAUGAAAAAAUCUUUGUUCCAGAUGCGCAGUUGGUGGAGGAGGGUCACAGAGGAAACCUGCCUGAGGGUAUGAUGGAGCAUCCUACUUCGCAAGAGAGGCAUCGCAUGGACGAGAUUAUUGACAUCAUCCUCACUUGGCUGGAGCAACAACGGAGGAGGGCAAACAAUGCCGUUGAGACGUGA